GGUGUGGGGUGAGCCUUUGCACCUCCUUCCCGAGUCCUGAACCCCCUUGGGGCUGCUUUGGGGCAAAACUGUGUGGAAAUCAGCCAAGGACUUGCUGUGGGGGAUGCGUGCAGGAUGAGGUUGGCUUCCAAAGAGAAUGAGAUCCUGGGGUUUAGGGAGCUCUGCUCAUCCCACCAUCCACGCUUGCCCCUCGCGGGGGGGAUUUUGGGGAGGUAUCCCCUGGAGCUCCCUAACCAGGGGCUGCCGCAGCCAUCAAUCCCCUCCCCAGUCAACCCCAGCAGGUCCUAGCCCAGCGGCACAGAUCUGGCACAGCCGCAUCCCGGCCCCUUCCCCAAAUUACCCUCCCUAAUUGGGGGGAAAUCCUCGGCACUUGGAGGGGGCAGAUCCUUGGGGGCGUGCAGCUGAAGCCGGUUGCCGGCUCCUUCCUCUCUGCUCCAAGUUUCUUUGCUUUGGCAGCCCUGGAGUUUACUCUGCGCCAGCCUCGGAAAAGAAAAGAGCACUUGUGCUUUGCUCCAGGGAAGGGGAGGAGGAGGAGGAGCGGGGAGAAGGGGGCACCGCAGCGAGGUUCCUCCGACCUCCCUCCCACCCGAUUUUCAUGCUAAUCCCCCUCCCUGGGCCGGGACCUCAGCUGGGAGAGGCUGAGGCUGGGCAGGACGCGUGGGAGAGCGGCUCGCACCUCUGCGGGGCGCGGAGCAGCGGAGCGCAGCGCUUCCAUUUGGGGUCCCGGCGGCUCCAUCCAGGCGCGGCGGCGCUCGGCUGCGGGCGAGCCAUGCAGCCCUAAGUCAACGCCAAGGGAAGGAGGGAGAUACCAGCAGCGUGGAGGAGACGCGGCCGGAUCCAAAAUGCUGCUAGUCGAACCAGGAAAGUGGUAAUAGACCUUCCUUACUAAAUUAAAUGUAGAGGCUGCUCCUCCAAGGCACGUUUCAGUUCAACCGUAGUGUUUGAUUUCCCAGCCACAGCAAUAUGGUGCCUCCAGGGAAAAAGCCAGCUGGGGAAACUUCCAAUUCCAAUAAAAAGUGUAAGCGCUAUUUCAAUGAGCACUGGAAGGAAGAAUUUACCUGGCUGGAGUUUGACUAUGAGCGGAAACUCAUGUUUUGCAUAGAGUGUCGGCAGGCGCUGGUGAAGAACAAGCACGGUAAAGCGGAGAACGCCUUUACCGUGGGCACGGACAACUUCCAGCGCCAUGCCCUGCUGCGGCACGUCACCUCCGGCGCCCACCGCCAGGCGCUGGCGGUGAACCGGGAGCAGCUGGCUUUCGAGGCCCGCGUCCACGGCCACCCGGAGCUGCGCUCGGUCCUCAAGGUGGAGGUGAACCCGGCCAAGGUGGCCAUCCUCACCACCGUCUACUGGAUGGCCAAGGAGGAGAUCCCGGAGGAGAAGUGCUCCUCUCUGCUGGACUUGCAGAAGUUCAACCUGUGCCAGGCGCUGCUCGCCUCCGAGCACAGCGAGUACUACCACCCCAGCAGCAUCAGGGAGAUGCAGGCAGCGAUCGCCAAGGUCCUGCACAACGAGGACAGGCACAGGAUAAAAGCCUCGCCGUUUGUUGGGCUGGUGGUGGACGAGACGGUGGACGUCCUGGAGCACCGCAACCUCGCCAUGUUCACCACCACCGUCUCCCCCUGCAACGGGCAGACCUCCACCACCUUCCUGGGGAGCUUCGAGCUGCCCGCCGGGGAGGCCUCCACGGUGGCGGGCAAGGUGGGCGAGGUGAUGCGCUCCUUCGGCAUCCCCACCAUGAAGAUCACCUGGCUCAGCGCCGACAGCGCCUCGCUGGUGGCCGAGCGGCUGAGCGGGGUGGGGACGGCGCUGAGCUCCCUCUGCCCGCUGCUCACCGAGAUGCACUGCCUGUCCCACGGGAGCUCCCUGCUGCCCACCCAGAGCAUCGUCAGCAUUGAAUACCUCCAGAAGUACGAGACCACCGUGGAUGCCGUCUACAGGCUCUACUCCAGCUUCAGGGGAGAAAGCAACAGCCUACAGGAGCUACGGAGCGUCCUGGACCUCUGCGAGAUAGACCUCGGGAGCCCCAAGGCCAUCCACUGGACUUCUAUUUUCCCGGCUGUGGAAGCCAUCGAUUCCUCAUGGCCCACACUGGUGCUGCUGCUGGAGAGCGAGGCAGAGCGGUCACCAGUGGCCCUUGGCCUCUGCGAAGAGCUCAAGAAGUUCCAGUUUGUGGCCUUCACCAAGAUCCUCCUGGACGUCCUCCCCAUCUUCCAGAAACUCAGCCGCUUUUUCCAGAUCGAGGACUUUGACCUCUCCAUCCUGAAGCCCAUCGUCUCCGCCACGGCCACCACCCUGCAGGCCCAGAAGAGCGCCAGCGGCCAGAACCUCCAGGAAUUCCUCAACGAGAUGAACGAGCACCCGCGGGACGACCGGGAGGGCGAGAGACGUCUCUACUACAAGGGCGUGGAGCUGGCCAACUGCUCCAAGGUGCACCUGAAGCACUUUGAGCACCUGAAGGAGACCUACCUGGAGAGCGUGCGGGGCAAUCUGCUGGACAGGUUCCCCAGCAGCGUCCUGGAGGCCGUCAGCUCCUUCUCGGCCAUCUUCAACCCCAAGUGCUACCCCCAGUCUUUGGAGGACAUCGGCAGCUACGGGGUCAGCGAGCUGAAUUUCCUCCUGCAGGCCUACUCCCGGGUGGUGGUGAGCGAGAGGGCCCUGAGCGAUUUCCCCCUCUUCAAGCGGAUCGUCUUCAGCCUCAGCCAACUGUCCUUCAAGGACCUCUGCGUCAAACUGGUUUACAGCAACUCCGAGAUGCACGAGCUCUUCCCGGACUUCGCCGUCCUCGCGGCCAUCGCCUUGGCCUUGCCGUUGGGCUCGGUCCUGGCCGAGAAGAUCAGCCGGGGCCGGGAGCUGCUGAAGCGUGGCCGAUCACGCUGCGUGAAGGACGAGGGGCUGUCCGACCUCAUGAAGAUCGCCAUCGACGGGCCGGCCGUCAACGAGUUUGACUUUGCGUUGGCCAUCGAGUACUACGAGAGCAUGCGGGAGUCCGGCUUCAUUGUGACGCAGGUGAAGUGAGGGGUGGCUGGUGAAGGACAGAGCCCUGCGGGCAGGAGCCAGGUCCUACGGCAGCCCCGAGCAUCUCCUCUGUGCUGUCCUCACCAUCACCAGUCAUGAUGAUGAUGAUGGUUGGCUCCAUGCCGGGAAGAAGGGAAUGGGAUGCUCCACAAAGCCACGCCAGCCCCACUGCUGCCCUUCAUCCCCCAAAGCAGACGUCAGAAUUGGCCAGAAUUUCAGCUCCUGGGGGAGUUCCCCUUGGGUGUCACCACAGAUGAAAUUCCACCUUGCGAUGAGGUCUUUCCGGGGUGUUGUUUUUAAUUUUUUUUUAGGGGAGAUGAAAGCAAAUCUUCUGAGCUCAAAUGUAACAUUGCCUUUGCACAAUGCCCGGCAGCUUUUACUUAAUACUCUGCAAAAAUAUCUGGUUUUUGUUAUUUUGGAGCCUCGAGAAUGAAUGCAGCGAGGGCAGCGUAUCUCUCUAGCUCUGUGGCAAACCCAGAAAUGCCUGGUGGUGUCUUGUUGGUAUUUCUUGCACAUGGCACAAGGUCUUUUUAACAGUGGCAUCGAGUCAUGAUCAUUUCAGAAGCAAGUGAUUUAAAGAACGGUAUUGUAAUCACUGGGGAAAUAGUAACUUUUAAAUGCAUCAUUGUGUAUAUAUGUGUAUGUAUAUAUAUAUAAAUAUAUAUAUAAAUAUAUAUAUAUGAAAAAGAUCUACCUUAA